AUGGCCCAAAUAUCAGCUACGGAACAAAAAGGCAUGCAACAAAUCGAUCUGACUAGUUUGAAUAUACAACAGUUAUCCACUUUGAAACAGCAACUUGAUCAAGAACUGAAUGUUUUCCAAGAAUCGCUCACUUCCCUGAAAAUGGCUCAAGGAAAAUAUCAAAACUCUGGUGAGACUUUGGAGAAGAUUACCCCUGAAUCUGAAGGUGCAGAUAUUUUAGUCCCACUUACAGGAUCUAUGUAUGUUCCUGGAAAACUUCAUGACACAAAUAAUGUGAUCAUAGACAUUGGAACCAGAUAUUAUGUUGAAAAAGACAUUGAAGCAGCUAAGGAUUACUUCCAACGCAAAACCAAAUUUGUCACAGAGCAAAUGGAAAAAGUCCAAUAUAUUGGAAUUGAGAAGAGCAAAAUUAGAGAUGCUAUAGUGGAAAUAGCAGAGUUGAAAAUGGCCCAGCAGCAGCAACAACAAAGUUGA